GGUGAACAUGGUUAUUGGCAUUCUGGUCUUUAACAAACUUGUAUCCAAAGAUGGAAUAACAGAUAAGAAACUGAAGGAACGGGCAGGUCAGAUGGCAGUGCCCCUUUACGGCAUCACGCUCAAAUGUUCCAAGUGUGGAGUGGUGUCUUCUGCUGACGUUUCGGCCACAGCCACCAGUAACGCCAUGGCAUCCCUCUGGAGCUCCUGUGUAGUCCUGCCUCUGCUGGCCCUCACCUGGAUGUCGGCAGUGCUGGCCAUCACCGACCGUCGCUCAGCCCUCUUCCAGAUCCUCUUUGCGGUGUUCGACUCCUUGGAGGGGUUCGUCAUUGUGAUGGUCCAUUGCAUUCUUAGAAGAGAGGUGCAGGAUGCUGUGAAAUGCCGGGUCGUGGAUCGUCAAGAAGAAGGAAAUGGCGAUUCUGGGGGGUCAUUCCAGAACGGCCAUGCCCAGCUUAUGACUGAUUUUGAGAAAGACGUGGACAUGGCUUGUAGAUCAGUGCUCAACAAAGACAUCAGCGCAUGCCGCACCGUGACCAUCACAGGGACCCUGAAGCGUCCAUCACUGCAGGAUGAGGAGAAGCUAAAGCUGAACCACCAGAAGGGUUCCUCAAACUUCAACAGUCUUCCAGCCAAUGUCUCCAAAAUGCAUCUCCAGAGCUCCCCACACUACCUGGGAGCCAUCAAUCUCAAUGACUUCAACAACCACACACUUACGUUGAAAAAGGACAAGAGCCAGCCUCCCAAAUCAAUUUACAUCUGUGAUGGGGAUAUCUUCAAAAAGCUGGAUUCUGAGCUUUCGCGGGCACAGGAUCAAACUAGAGACACCAGUUAUGUCAUUCUGCCCACCAACACUUCCACCUUGCGGCCCAAGCCACCGCCGCCGCCACCGCCACCACCACCACCCAAGGAUGAUACAAAGUACAGCAUCAACAUUGACCAGAUGCCACAGACGAGGCUGAUCCACCUCAGCAUGGCCACAGAUCCAGGCUUUGUGGUCAAGAGCCCCCCGAGGGAGCCUGCAGGGAUCAGCUGUGGGGAAGUGCAGGCUUCCUCGAUGAUGCAGCAGCAACAGUUGUCUCCUCCGUUGGUCAAUAAAUCCACUGACUCACAGAUGCCAAACAGCUUGUGUGACACGGGCAAGCCCAGUAACACUGGAAUCGUGACCAAGAGUGAGACAGUCUCCACCCUCUCCAUGAGCUCCCUUGAAAGGCGGAAAUCACGGUAUGCAGAACUAGAUUUUGAGAAAAUCAUGCACACAAGAAAACGUCAUCAAGAUAUGUUCCAAGAUUUGAACCGGAAGCUGCAGCAUGCAGAGAAAGAGAAGGAAUCUCCCCCAAUGGAUAGUAAGGCUAUGAAAAGAUGGAGCGUUUCUUCAGGUGGAAGUGAUAAAACUAAUGCUAGCCAAGAGAAGCAGCAGACACCAAACAAGAGACCUUGGGAAGGGCUCCGGAAGGUCCACUCACCACCAGCGUGGGUCAAAAAGGAGAUGGAGUCUGAGAUUCAGUCUCCCUUAGAACUCAAAACUGUGGAGUGGGAAAAGACAGGUGCAACAAUUCCCCUGGUGGGACAGGACAUUAUUGACCUCCAGACAGAGGUCUGA